CUGAUGUAUUGGAUGGAAAGUAGAGGAAUGAAGUUUUCUUUUGGUGACCAUGCAGUACGUCUGAAUAUUAUAUCAAAAGUAAAGGGGAUAGAUACAGCAGAGGAGUAUUUUUCAAGUCUUCCGGACUCGGCCAGGAACCAGCAGACCUGUGGAGCUCUGCCAAACAGCUAUAUCCAGGAAGAAAUAGCAGACAAGGCUAUUUCUCUCUAUGAGAAGAUGAAAGAACUGAACUUUGCUUCCACUACUCCGAGGGUGUGGAAAUCUUUGAAGGUUGCCUUCACAAGGACCACCAAUAUGAGCUAUCUUAUCAUGCUGCAGGCUCUAAAUAAACUAGAUAAUAUUGAUGAACUGAAGCAAUGCUUUGAGGAGUGGGAAUCUGCUUGUGUUACUUAUGAUGUGAGGUUGGUGAAUGUCUUGAUAGGGACUUACCUAAGGAAGGAGAUGGUCCAUGAAGCUUUAACUCUUUGGGAAAAGGCUAUGCAGAAGAGUGCUCAUUCUGAUUUCUGGACUUCCCAGUUGUUUGCUAGUUACUACUUGAAGAGCCAAGAAAUGGAUUUGGCUUUAAAGUGUUUGGAGGAUGCUGCAAAUUUGGCAAAAAAAAAGGGGAAACCAAAGAAAGAGUUGGUGAAUGAAUUUUUGAAGUUUGAGGAAAUAAAAGAUGUGGACAGAGUGGAAUCAUUUUGUAAGAUUUUAAAGCAGCUUGACCAUCCAGAUGCAGAAGCUUAUGAAUCUUUGCUCACGAAAUACUUGGCUUCCAAUAAAACAGAGCCUUCUCUUCAUAAGUCGGUCAAGGAUGAUGGGAUAGAAAUGAGAUCUGAAAAUGAAAAGUUACCUUGA